CAGGUUAACGCUUCCAAUAUCGUCCAAGGAAAGCAGCUUCAUGCUAGUCAGUGGGCGUUAGUUCGAGGAAGUACAGGGUUGCUGUGACAUUGCAUGAAUAGAGCAUCUUCAGUCUUUCAAGGAUCAACCACAAGAAUAUCGCCAGUAAAUUUUGACACUGAGCCACAUAAUAUGUUAGGAUUGACGACCAAUAGCUUGUUCGGAGGUUCCAUCUCCUUUGAAGGAUGUUUACAUUGAGAUGAAAUGCAUGAAUUAUAGAAACAAUCAUCUAGUUGAUUACUAUUCUUGAAGGAAGGCUACAGUUUACCAAAGACCUAACUCCUGUUGGCAUCAUUCAAUGCCCAACUCUAGUGAAUAUCGACCACCAAAGCCAACUGGAAACUUAAAGAAUAUUGAUGUUCUUGAGGAGAUUGCUGCUGGCGAUCCACCAGGACCUUCUAAUUCCAGUCUGUUUUCCUGUUAUGGUGCUCCAUCAUUCAAUCUAAGUUCCAGUGCAAAAGGACAUGGGCCAUGGAUAUUUCCUGUUGUCCAGGCACGAGAAGUGUUUUACAAUGUCUGUUCAGAUUAUGGAUUGCUAAACAAAGCUUCCAUUAUUGCCAAUACACCUUGCGGCUCCAGUGAAUCUACUCCUGUCCAGGAUGGACCUUCUUCAGUUGGUGCUGUGGGACGCAAUUCUAAUUAUGUGCAACUUCAAGUUGAUUGUCCAGAUGUAACCCACAGAGGUAAUGCAGAAGUGGUUGCUAUGCCUGUCAGCCAAGGGAAACAGCUGCUUGCCUGGGAGAUAGAUACAUCAGAUUUUAAUAUAGUGACAUCUAAAUUGAAAAGUAGAACAGGUAGCCUGAAGAAGCAAAGUACAAAAAAGAUUAAACCACUUGAGAAACACAACAAAAAAAAUGAUUCUUCUCCGUAUACGGUUCUGGAAGAAAUGAAACAGCGCAAAGUUUUGGAUCUUAGGAGAUGGUAUUGCAUCAGUCGCCCGCAGUACAAGACUUCAUGUGGAAUAUCCUCUUUGGUUUCAUGCUGGAACUAUCUAUUUAGUACCUGUGGAACAGGAAGUCUUCCACCAAUUACACAGGAGGAGGCUUUGCAUAUCUUGGGUUUUCACCAGCCCUUUGAAGAUAUUAAAUUUGGGCCCUUUACAGGAAAUGCAACUCUAAUGAGAUGGUUUAGACAACUUAAUGAGCAUUUUCAUAUGAGAGGCUGUUCCUAUGUUCUGUAUAAACCCCAUGGAAAAAACAGAACAGCUGGAGAAACUGCUGAAGGUGCCUUACUGAAGUUAACUCAAGGCCUGAAGGAUGAAUCAAUGGCUUUUAUAUAUCAUUGCCAGAAUCAUUACUUCUGUCCCAUUGGAUUUGAGGCUACCCCCUUGAAGGCAUGCAAAGCAUUUCGAGGCAAACUCCCAAUUGAAGAAAUGGAAUUUUGGAUCUUAAUUGGUGAACCAAGUAAGAAACAUCCAGCCAUUCACUGCAAAAAGUGGACAGACAUAGUGACAGAUCUCAACACACAGAAUCCUGAAUACCUUGAUAUUCGAAAUCCUGAAAAGGGUAUACAAUACAGGAAAACCAAAAAGGUCGGAGGAAAUUUGCAUUGCAUAAUAGCAUUCCAAAAACUGAACUGGCAAAAAUUAAGCACUUGGAUGAUGAAUAUUGGAAAUUUUAGAUGUGAACCACUUUCUAAAGUAUUAGAAUGCAAAGCCAGUAGCUCUACCACUGGUUUGGAAAGAGUUUUAAGUGAUCGAGAACCAUCAGUGAAUGACAAGAAUAAUGGCGAAGGAUUUCAACAAGCAUCCGGAUGGAAACACAUUGCAACUCCGUAUGAAUACAGAGAUUGUGGCUCUCCUGAAAGUGAGACAGAUGAAGAGAGCAUUGUGAAACUGGAGUUCUCGGAGGCCGAUGUGGGAGUGUCUGAGGUUCUUGAUACGUUGGCGCUGGUUUGUCCGGACCCUGUUGAGAUGGGAGGUGUGGACCAACACCCCUCUUGUGAGGAGGCUCAUGGGGGCCUGCGAGGAGAAGGCGGUUUAACCCCGGAGAGCUGCAUUAUGGGAGUUCAGGGACUGUGGAAACUGUUGGGGUGUACAGGACAACCUAUCAGUCCAGAAUGUCUUGAAGGAAAAAUACUCGCUGUCGAUAUCAGCAUUUGGUUAAACCAAGCCAUGAAAGGAGCACGAGAUCGCCAUGGUAAUUCUCUACCAAAUGCUCACCUUUUGAUUUUGUUCCAUCGACUUUGUAAAUUGUUGUUUUAUCGAAUACGACCAUUAGUUGUUUUUGAUGGAAAGAUGCCACUACUGAAGAAGCAAACUUUGGAAAAUAGGUGGAAGAGAAAGGAACUGGCAGUGAAAGACACAAAGAAAACCACAGACAAACUAAUGAGAACUUUUUUGAAGAGGCAUGCACUAAAAACAGCAUUAGGAGGCAAAAGUGAUGAGAUUAUCCCCAGUCUUUCUCAGGUGAGAAGAGGAGAAACUGAUGAUAUUUUCAACCUGCCUUCCUUGUCACAGAAAGAGGAAAAUAGCUCAGAUGAAGAGAGAGAGAAGGACUGGGAAGAGAGGAUGAAGAAUGAAAAAUUAUUGCAGAAUGAAUUUCUUGAGAAUCCUAAUUCUGUGGACAUUGAUUCUGAAGACUUUGUAAGUUUGCCUCCAGAGGUAAGGCAUGAAAUCUUGACAGACCUGAAAGAAUUCAGCAAGCGUCGGAGAAGUUUGAUGGAGCCUCUGCCUCAGGAGUCAACUGAUUUUUCCCAGUACCAGUUGUCUGGUUUACUUAAACGCAACAGACUUAACCAACAUAUUGAAGGUGUUCAGAAAGAGAUGAACCGACAGUACUGUGGUGAAAUUCAAGUAGAGUGGGGGGAUAACGAAGGGGGAUUCUUUAAGGAUAUAGAAGCCAGGCGGCUUGUAUCAGAAGAUGCUUCACACUACAUUCUGUUAAAAGGAAUUCAAUCAAAAAACAAUGAAGGUUCGGAGGGACAUAAACAAAACACACCAGAAAAAAAUACUAAUUCAGCUGUUACAAAGGCACUCUCAAAUGCUGGUUGGGAUCCCUUUAAAAAUUUAAAUCCAACAUCGCUUCCAACAACAAACAUGAUGAAAGCUGAGAAUGAUGGUGCUGCUGCAAGGGAUUGUCCUUCUCCACGGACAAUGAUUGCUAUUGAGGCUGCCAUGUUAGAAAGUGGUUCAGAUGAUGGAACAGAGUCUGGAGAAGAUAAAUUAUUGCCACUUGGAUGUAGUAGCACUCUUUAUUCAGCUGAUACUGCUUCCAAAAAUAUAAACGUGUCACCGAGGACACAUCAAGCCAUACAGCAAGCUUUAGAAGAAGAUGAAUUAAUAAAUAUUGCAAAGAAGGGCAAUGAAAGUGAAUGCAGCAAUGGUAGAAAGCAAGUAGCCAAAAGCUGCAGCUCAAAUGAUGAGCAUAAAGAUCAAGAGGUAUUUGACAGUGAUUGUGAAGAUCUUGCAAUACCAUUAAGUCCAAAGACCACUCAAAGAAAAUCUAGAGAACACAGAAAUGGUGAAAAUUGCAAAAUGCAAUCGAAGCUUCCUGCAGCGGAGGGAGUUUCUCCAGUCAGUACAACAGAACAAAAUAACAAUGUUGCAACAGGAGAUGCAACCAAACAUAAAAUUGAACAGUUAAGUUUUCAAACUUUGGAAAAUGUGAAGGAGCACAGGAGUAUUAAUGAGGAGCACUUGGAUAGUAACAGCAGGAAAUGUAUUCACCCACCUGGGACAGUUAAUUUCCUAGAAAAUCAGAGCAUGAACAGUGAAACUAUUCCAGGUGUACAACAACCUUUAUUUAUUCCUGCUCUGGGCACUCAGCCUUCUGAUGAUCCUAAAAAGCUUCCCUCACCACAGAUACAAGGAGAACUAGAUGAAGACUCUACUGAAGAAUCAUAUGGAGAUCAGGAAAAGUAUGCAAACAAUGAAGACCAAAGUGACUCAGAGGGUAGCUUCAUUGAAGUCAUUAAUACCAAUAAAACCCCACCGAAAAAUGAGCUCUUUCCUCUUGAUAUCUUCGUACCCUUGAUUCCGGCAAGUGAACCCAUGCUGAAGCCUGCUGAUGAUCUGGAAGGUAGUUUUGAAACUACACAGAUAGUCGAGGAACAAUCUGCAGUUAUCGGUGAUCAUGUGGACAAAAUUGAGAAAAUUGUUCAACAAGGUACGAAGGAAGAGACUGAUCAACCCAAAUGGGCAGAUGUGGAAGAAGCCACAACUAAUGAAUGGAGUGAACUAAAUCUGGGUGAUGUAGAGGAAUUAGAAAACAGCUUGUUCUUGGAACAAUCUGGUCUACAAUCUCAGAAACAAAAGCAGGAACGUGUUGCUGCCACUAUCACAGGACAAAUGUACCUGGAAACUCAGGAGUUGUUGCGAAUUUUUGGAAUUCCUUAUAUUGUUGCUCCCAUGGAGGCAGAAGCUCAAUGUGCUUACCUGGAUAUGACUGACCAAACUAGUGGAACCAUCACUGAUGAUAGCGAUAUAUGGCUGUUUGGAGCACGUCAUGUGUAUAAGAAUUUCUUCAGUCAAGAUAAAUAUGUGGAAUAUUAUCAGUACAUCCAUAUUCAUAACCAACUUGGCCUUGAUAGACGAAAACUGAUCAACCUUGCUUAUUUUCUGGGCAGUGACUACACGGAGGGGAUCCCUGGUGUAGGUUACGUAACAGCAAUGGAACUCCUCAACGAAUUCCUUGGGUCUGGACUAGAGCCACUUUAUCGUAUUCGAGAUUGGUGGACUGAAGCCCAGAAAAAUAAAAAAUUAAGAGAGAAUCCAAGUGAUACAAAAGUGAAGAAAAAACUGCGUCACCUGGACAUCUCUUCAGGGUUUCCAAAUCCAGAUGUGGCAGAAGCAUAUUUAAAACCGGUUGUCGAUGAAUCCAAAGAAUCACUCUCCUGGGGAAGACCAGACCUUGAUGAGAUCAGAGAAUUUUGUCAGAAUCGUUUUGGUUGGACAAGGAAGAAGACUGAUGAAGUAUUUUUACCUGUAAUGAAGCAGCUCAACGCUCAACAAUCACAACCACGUAUUGACACCUUCUUCAGGGUGGAACAAUAUGAGAAGCAAACAAUAAAAAGCCAAAGGCUUCGCAGAGCUGUGACAUGCAUGUUGAGAAAAGAAGAAGAAGAAACUUCAACAGAGGGACAUGUAACUACUGAUACACCAAAGGGGACUGCUAACUCAGCAGAAAAGUCUCAGGAAGUUGCCUUGGGAACCAAAAGUAAAUUCAGCAAUUCCCAAUUAAAAUGCAGAAAGAGAAAGCAGCCAAAGAAAUCUCCAGGUCAGCUAACUGGAGGAGGUUUCAUUGGACCAAUUAAUCUCUCUGAAGAGUCAAGCCAUUCUGAAGAUGACGAGUCUGAAUUUAUGCCAAAAAAAUACUCCAAAACAAUGAAUUUUGUUAGAAAAAUACCAGAAGAGCAGAUGAAAGAUAAAACUGCCCAUAGGAGUGGUAGCUCAAGUGAGGAGAAUGAAGAUGAUAACUGUAUGGUGACAGCUAAACCUGUGUUUGUUCAUAGAGGAAAGAUGAAAGGACUUAAAACAAAGCAAAGAAUGAAAUUAAAGAAAUAAGUAUUCGCCAGUACAACAGCCUUUUCUGUAACUGGUAAAUAGAUAUUGGUUUGAAGUACUUAUGUUUCAGCAGGAUGAAAUUUGAAGACUUGUCUCUUUCAAAAUCUGUUAAUUCAAGGUUAAAUCCCAUUGCUGUCUAUUAGAGGCCCAAAGUUCUGAUUAUCCAACUUGCAAGCAAUUCACAGUUGGAAUAAAUGUAUGCUUGUCAUGUGAAAUAUUGCUUGAAAAACUUUUAAAGUUUGUAAUUUAUCUGAAGUUUUGGUUCAAAGCUGCUACUUUGAAUGAUUUAUCAUGUUUCAGUGUGGGAAAAAAAUCAAUUUUACUAUGCAGGGUAGAUUAAAGGCAUUUUUAAAGACAUCAUGAUCAUGUGCAGCAGAAGAUAACCUGGAAAACCAUGUGAAUAUGUUGUAUUGAUUAAAUUUAUACCACAAAAUGGUGACUUGUACAAAUCAACCCACAACAACUUCUGUUUAUAGGAAAAUACAUUAUUGUGAUCUUCAAAGUAUCUGGGACAAAGCUACUGCCAAAAUUUAUUUAAGCCAUUGAUCAGGUUGCACAUUAACUAAUCCACUGAUACUUUUUAAACAUUCCGGUUUCUGAAACUUCUGGGUACUGUAUUGUGACAUUCUACAGAUUAAUUUACAAAUGUGGACUAUUGUGGAAUUUAUUUCUAUAAUUGUUUUUUUUUAGAACUUGUGAAAUGUUUGAAAAUAGAAAUAUUCAUGAAUGCAGACAAUAUGUUUCCAAGACUUCUGACAGAUUUGAUAUGCCAGAGACAACUGCCGGCGGGACUAUUUGGCUCUUGUCGUGGAAUGGUAAUAAAUUAUGGCUAAUUUAGAAGUCUCA